AUGCUCCGCGGGGCCCGCGCCUGGCGGCUUCGCCCUCCGCGCAGCCUCUGUCUGGCCCGCGCCUCGACUCACGGCCGCCCGAGGCCGGUGCCACUCUCCUUCACCCAGUUCGACGGACCCACCCAGGAAACCCCCCUCGUCUUCCUCCACGGGUUGUUUGGCAGUAAAACCAACUUCCAGUCCAUCGCCAAGUCCCUGGUGCAGCAGACGGGCAGAAAGGUGCUGACAGUGGAUGCCCGGAAUCACGGAGAGAGCACCCACAGCUCGGAGAUGAGCUACGAGGCCAUGAGCGCUGACCUGCAGGCCCUCCUGUCCCAGUUGGGCCUCCCUCGCUGUGUCCUCAUUGGGCACAGCAUGGGGGGCAAGACGGCCAUGACCUUGGCACUGCAGAAGCCCGAGCUGGUGGAGCGCCUCGUGUCCGUGGACAUUAGCCCGGAGGAGACGACCGGCGUCAGUGACUUCCUCUCGUUCGUGGAGGCCAUGCAGGCGAUACAGAUCCCCAAGGAACUGACCCGCUCCCAGGCCCGCAAGUUGGCGGACGAGCGGCUGAAACCCGUCAUUCAGGAAGUCUCCGUGCGCCAGUUCCUGAUCACCAACCUCGUAGAGGUGGCUGGACGCUACGUCUGGAGGGUCAACCUGGAGGCCCUGACUCAUCACAUGGAUGCGCUCAUGGGCUUCCCCCAACUCCCAGGGACCUAUUCGGGCCCCACCCUCUUCCUCGGCGGCUCCAAUUCCCCAUUCAUCCGCCCUAGCCACCACCCCAAGAUCAGGCGCCUCUUCCCCCAGGCCCAGAUUCUCUCCGUGGCGGGAGCCGGCCACUGGGUUCACGCUGACCAGCCCCGCGACUUCAUAGCUGCCAUCCGAGGCUUCCUGACGUAAGGGGCCGCUCCCCUCCCAACAGCCCCUGACCCUGACCAGAGAGGGGUCGAGGGGCCGGCCCGGGGCCAAGAAGAUGGACAGCGAUGGGAGCCGGGUCCACGACUCUACCUCUACCUCUACCCAAGCACUCACGCCCGGGCAUCGCCGGCCCAAGUUCUCACAUUUUAAUAAAGCGGUCGCUCUG